UAUUUUUUAUUUGUCCUAACCUGCUAUCCGUUAUCAGGGGGCGUGGUUUCAUCUGUAGUUUUUCCUCUGUAAACAACAUGCCGAGUCUGGAUCCUGAAGAUGUGAACGAGAGAAAUGACAAGCCUUCCCAAAAUAUCAUUGCUGUUAUAUCACAGUUUGCCGACGACAACUUAACUUUUGUCCGGAAUAUCAGCACAUGUCUCGGCCUCGCUGGUCUUCUCAUCAUAGCGAGGAGCAUCAGGCUGAUUACAAAAUUUGGAUAUGCCUCUGAUAUUCCAGCCUGGUUCAUUGAGAGAAACAUCAGUAUCAGAGGAAGAGUGAGAAAUAUAACCGAGACAGGGCUUAAAGUGGAACACCAACCAAUUUAUGUCCCUUUGCUCAGUCCCCUACUUACUAAACCAGGUCAGUGCGUGACCCUCCUGGAUGUGCGUCUGGCUGGGGUGGAGCUGACCUCAGAAGGGCAGAAAUGGAUCAGUCAACAGCUAAAACCAUCUGAGACGGUGUGGCUCCGACUGAUCGCUCGGCAAAACGAGACCCUCCACUGUCUAGUGUCAGUUAACAGGGGCUCACUUUUAAACACUUGUGUGAAUGAGGAGCUUUUGAAGGAUGGUUUGGCCAGGACGUCUCCCCUCGUUGGUCUGGAUCCUCAGUCUCGCAUCUACUGGAGACUCUAUAAGCGCUUGCUGAGGGCUGAGAGCAGAGCGGAAAAGAAAGGAAAAGGCUUGUGGAAGGAAGAGAGUCGUUGGGAGAGAGCUGCUAAUGUAUUGAAGAACAAUAUGUUGAUCAAGUCAAUUAGGAAACUUUUUAAAUGGACAUCUGGUGCCAAAGAAUAGUAAACAAUUUAAUUUGCAAAAGGACAAGGGUGGUUUUAGAUUAUACAAAUUUUUUUGGGUUAAAGUAUUUUUUGAGAUGCAUUUUUAUAUUUAUUCUACUUAUAACAGUGUUGAUGUCGCACAUGCAUGACUACAAUAAAACUUUAAUUAAAAAGAAAAACGAACUUAUUUUGGAAAAGUGUGUUUCUGUGCCUGAUGCUUUUAAAUGCUAUGACAUGUUAAGUGGGCGUGGCAUUGUUGCCGGGUAGCAAAAAGGUCCCGCAGUUUGAGCCUCAGCUUGGUUGGGAUGCUUUUUUGUGUUGAGUUUGCAUAUUCUCCCUGUGUCAGCAUGGGUUUACUUUGGGAACUCCCAGGCCAAAGACAUGCCGGUUAGGUGAAUGUCUUGUGUAUCUAGAGAUGCCAAACUGCCCUUACUCAACUUGUGUGUGGAUUAACUUGUGUCUAGAUUGACAUGUAUGUGGAUUAACCAGUUCUCACCAUGAAACUAGCGAUUGAUGCUGGAGUGGCGUUAAGAAAAAAUAAACAAA